AUGGCGCCCCUGCCCCUGUGGCUGCUGUGGCUGCUGCUGCCCCUCGGCCCGCGGGCCCAGAAGCUGCCCACCCGCAACGAGGCGCGCUUCCAGAGGCAGGUCCUCGACCAGGCCCUCUUCCAGGACUCCGCGGUGCUGCCCGACGGAGCGGAGGUCCGCGGCUACCUCUUCCGGGACACGCCUAAGAGGUACUUCUUUGUGGUGGAAGAGGACAACACCCCACUGUCUGUGACCGUGACUCCCUGCGACACCCCCUUGGAGUGGCGGCUGAGUCUGCAGGAGCUGCCGGAGGAGGCCAGCGGGCGGGGCUCCGGCGAGCAGGAGCAGGAGCCGGAGCCGCUGGAGCAGCAGAGGCCGCGGCCCACGCCCGGGGCGGGCGCCACGCUGCUCUCCUACCGUGGCAACGACGUGGAGGCCUUCGCGGCGGCCGGCGCGCCCGCGGGGCUGUACCGGCUGGAGCUGCUGUCCACAGAGCGGGACGCGCCCUUCCGCGUCUACGCCACCACCACGCCCGCGUCCGACCGGCCCUACCCCGAGCUGCCCCGCGACCCCCGCGUGGACGUCACCGCGCUGGGCCACACCACGGCCACGCUGGCCUGGAAGCCCAGCCCCACGGCCGCCGGGCCGCACCAGCCCGUGGCCUACUGCGUGGUCGUCGGCCGCGAGCACAACUUCAAGAGCCUGUGCGCCGUGGAGGCGCGGCUGAGCCCCGAGGACGCCUUCAUGGCGGCCCCGCGGCCCGGCCGGGACUUCAGCCCCUUUGACUUCGCCCGCUUCGGGUUUCCCCCGGGCAGUCCGGGCGGCGGGGCGCGGGGCCCCCGGGCCCGGCCGCCCCCCCGGCCGCCCCAGGCGGAGCUCCGGAAGGUCUGCGUCGGGAACAAGACGGCCUUCAUGGUGUCCGGCCUGAGGCCCGGCACGCAGUACUACUUCGACGUGUUUGUGGCCAACGCCCGCACCAACGCCAGCACGGCCUACGUGGGCACCUUCGCCCGCACCCGGGAGGAGGCCGCGCCCGCGCCGCUGGAGCUGAAGGAAGGGAAGGCGACCGAGGUGUUCGUGAAACGGCGGGGGGCCGCGCUGCUGCGGUUCGCCCCCGCGGCCUCCCACCAGAAGGUGGCCUUCCUGGUGCACGCCUGCCUGGACGCCGUGCGGGUGCAGGUGCGUCGGGACGGGAGGCCGGUGCUGUCCCAGCGCGUGGAGGGCGUGCGGCAGCUCCUGCUCCGCGGCCGGCCCAAGGCCACGUACCUGCUCCGGCUGACGGGCGGCCGGCAGGGGGCGUCCCUGCUGAAGGUGCUGGCCACCACGCGGCCGGACAAGCACGCCUUCCCACCCCUCCCCGAGGACACGCGGGUCAAGGCCUUCGACCGGCUGCGCACCUGCUCCUCGGCCACCGUGGCCUGGCUGGGCACCCAGGAGCGGAGCAAGUUCUGCCUCUACAAGAGGGAGCUGGGCGGCGCCGACGCCGACGGGCAGGGGAGGAGGGCGCGGAACCAGUGCCUGGGGCCGGACACGAGGGACAGGUCGGAGAAGGUGCUGUGUAAGUACUUCCACAGCCGGAACCCGCAGCGGGCCGUGACCACGGAGACGGUGCGCGGCCUCCAGCCGGGCAGGGCCUACCUGCUGGACGUGUACCUCCUGGGGCACGGCGGGCACUCCGUCCGGUACCAGAGCAAAGUCGUCAAAACCCGCAGGGUCUGCUCGUGA